AUGUACAAAUGCAAUGCAACAUACGGCACAGAUGAAAAAAUUGAAAGGUUGAAAAUUCAUACUAGCUCAGUAACAAAUCUCCUCAUCCACCUGCUUCUCUGCCCUCCUUUAACUGAGGUCAAGGGAUUGAUAAACGAUACCGGGUCCCCUGCCCCUACCCUCCACUUGUCACCCACUUCGUCUGCCUCUGCCCCAUCCACCUCUUCUGCCUCUGAGCUAUCCACAACAUCACAAACUCGCCGUCAUCGACUCAAAGAAAUAUUCUCCAUUAUCUUUAAGCUUGGGGAGGAGAAGGUGGACCUGUACCUCAAGAAGUAUGACACUGGAUAUGACCUCAAGAUCGACCCCGACUACAAUGUGUGGUCCAACCUGACGGACACUAUUGAACAACUGGCUCCUCCGCUCCCCCAGCCAUCAGCGAGAGCCCUGGAACAUCAGAUCCCCUCCAAGCAGAUGACCAUUGACAAGGUGCUCACAUUGCUGCCAUGUUUGAAGAAUAAGACCAUUAAAAGACCUCAGCCACCUGUGCCACUGUCCAUCAGUAGAAAUGACCAGAAAGCGAUGAUACUCACAAAGAAGAGGAAGGCGGAAGAAGAACAGCAGAAGGAAGAGAGAAAGAAGCAAAGGGAGCAGAGAAAGAUGGAACGGCUAGGACAAGCUGAAGACAAGAAGGAACGCCAAAAAGAGAAGAGGCAAAGAAGGAGAAAGAGAAGGAUUUUAAGAAGAGGAGAAUUCAGAAGGAAAUGA